GAAUAUGGCUACCUUCGUGAGUAGAGCCUGUGGGAUUGUUCCUCAAUUUUUUAGUGUAUCCACCAAGAGGGUAGUGAUCUGCAGCUCUAGGGUGGAAAGUAAACGGCUUCUACACGUCGGAAGGUGUUUAUUAGCGGAACGAAAAUACACAAAGAAACAUGAAUGGAUCAGUGUAGACAAUGGAAUUGGAUCAAUAGGAGUAACAGACUAUGCCCAGAAAGAAUUAGGAGAAGUUGUUUAUGCUCAGCUUCCUGAGGUGGAAGAUACAUUUAAUAUAGGAGAUGAAAUUGGUGCAUUAGAAAGUGUCAAAGCUGCUGCAGAUAUUUACUCGCCAGCGAAAGGUGAAGUUAGUGAGAUAAACGGUGAACUGGAGAGUAACCCUGGUUUGGUGAAUGAAUCUCCCUAUGAUAAAGGCUGGCUGGUCAAAAUGAAAGUUGAAGAGUUGGCAGAUGACCUUCUGUCAGAAGAAGAAUAUAAUGACCUGGUCAAGAGUAUUGAUCAUUGAUUGUAAACAGAGAACAAUAAUUAUUUUUAUAAUAAUUAUUUAAAAUAUCUUUGUGAACUAGUUGUUUUGACUGAACAGUGCUCAAAACUGACUCUAUUAUAAAACAUAUCCAAUUUUUAACAUAAACUAUUUAUAGAAGCAAAGCCAUUUCAAACAACUUGGUUUAAGUUUAGUUUGUAAUGCUUAAGUGCUUUGAAUUCAGGGGAUUGAUGUCAAAGUGGGUGUGGCUCAACCCUUGCACUACCAGCAACAACCAUUUUAAGUCAAUGUUUAGCAAUUUAUUUCAAUUAUUAAAAGGGGAACAUUAUCCUGGUGUAACACCAAAUUUUCAGAAAUUAGAAGAAUUUGCUGGUAGAUCUUUCAUGCAGAAGAGUUACAUGCCUGUUGGUCAAUCAAAUAGCAAUCAUUUGGAGAUAUGAACCAUUAACUCCCAUUAGUGAUUAACAUGUAACUUCUCCCUAUGAUAUAUGUACAUUAACCAGUAAACGGGUGAUGGGACUAGCUAAACUUAUCAGUUAGAAGUUUUAAUUUGAUUUACAAGGAAAUGUGCAGCAACUAGAUGGAAGAAUUAACAUACAGAUUUUGGGAGUUAAAGGAUUAAUAGGGUACAAAACUGCUUGGUA